AACCAGCUUGCCCCUAACUCUUGGCAAAACAUUCUUACCUUUCUGGCCGUCUGCAAUUUAAAGGGAAAGGACCCUUCUCUGGCCGCUUUCACCCAUAUUCACUACGUCGCCAAGGUCCCUAGGACCAUUGAAGGAAGCUGGCUGAGCGUGUGCAACCGUCAAGGAUUCUUGACGUCUUGGGAUAAGACUUCCAAGAUGCACUCAUGGAAGGGCGAGUUCCUAUUUGUCCAGGCGCCCAGUAAAGCGGUGGCAAACCGUCUUCGGUAUUUUAGCCGGACAACCACAAAUACUGGACGGAUGGCCUCAUACUUGGAACUGGAGAGUAACUCUGCCGAAGAGAUGGUGGAGUACUUCCGGGUUUCGGAGUAUACUAUGGAAGAUGUUUCUUUCAAAGGUCCGUCCAAUUGGAUUCCUUUUAAGGAAAUGUUUUAUCAUGACAACUUCCUGGUCGCUGCCGGCUUAAGGCAGGACGAGGACAGAGGUAUAUCAACUGAGAAUCUUCCAAGUACAAAUUUCUAGACUUAAUUAUCAUUCGUCCAACAUUUGUUUCUCUCUUUCAGAUUCAGCCAGGAGCAAGCUCAGGAAGUCUUGGAUAGGAGAUAUGAGCUCAUCCAGAUUCGCGGACACUCUAUGGAAGGAGUACAGCAAGUCAGGUGCCGAAAAGAGGGCCGACACCUUGAAAAAUGCCCCAACUUCAAAAGCUCUGGCCGAGAAAGCCGCUGCAAAGAAACGGCCAGCAGGCACCAGUGAAGCCCCUCCCUCAAAAAAGGCAAAGGGUUUUACUGCUAAGAGGAAGAAGACCACUCGGCCGGUUCCCAAGGUCGUGAUCGACCUUCCGGCCAAGGAGGAGACCAAAGAGGAGCCAGCUGAAGUUGACUCUCGAGCCCUGGUGGCCUAUACUGGUCCGGCUGAGCAACCCGAUUCUUCGCAACCUGACGAGGUUGUCAUUCUGGACGACGCUGAACAAUCUUCCAAGCCGGACGCGGCUGUGGACGGAUCCGCCUUUUCUGGGCCAGUGGCCCAACUGGUAGGCCAGAUGCCGGCCGCUUAUAGAACGGCUUCCCGUUCUUCUGGUGAGUCCUACUAUUCCAACGUAGUUAGAACACUACGGGUUGGCGGGCGUCCGAUGAGUCCGUCCAACAAACAGACCGUGGUUAUUCCCAUCAGGUGUACUGACGAGUCUAACCUUUCAGAUAAAGGGAAGGGUCCUGCUGUUGUCGGCUCCCCUAGCCUCUCUGACGAUGAAUCUUCUCCAGCCUUUGGAAAGAUGUCGUCGUCUGAUCGUGAGAAGCUCAAGACGGAGCUGUUCAAGUGCUUUCCCGAAACUUAUAUCAAGGGGUUAAGGGGAGCAUCGUCUGGGCAUGUAGGCUACAUGUCUCAGCUUGCUGCCGAGCUUUUUGCUCGCAGCAUGAUAACAGAAGACUGGGCGAAGGAGCUCAGAAAAGAGAAUAAAAAGCUCGUCCAUGAUGUAACUGCGGCCGCCGACCAUGCUCAGUUCGUCAUUUCCGAGCAAGAGGUGUUGCACCAGCAAACCAAAGUUGCUUUGGAAAAAAGGUCGGCUGAGCUGGAAUCUCAGAUCAAAGUCUAUCUACUUCGGUUGACGGAGAUGAUAGACGAACGGGCUUCGUUGGAACGUGUUCUGACGGACGAGAGGAAUUCAGCCAUGACUAUGGCUGCCGAUUUCUUCAAGGAAAACCUCGUCCUGAAGGUCAAAAACCAAGCCCUUCGAACUGAGGUUGCAGAGACAAUUGCCGGCGCCAAAGAGGCUAUGAACACCAUCAUAGAUACCUCAAAAGAAUGGGCGGUGAAGGCUUUUGAGAUGAUGGCCGAGGAGGAGGAUAUCCCCAGAUAUGCUCGUCGGCUGGAAUUCCAAGAAGCCGUGCAUAAGGCCACCAUAACUAAAGCAGAACCUCCCGUCUUUGAAGAAUCCUCUGAGGAUGAAGAGGGAAGGACAAUGCAGAGGCCCAGGACGAAGAGGACAACGAUCCUCCUGCCGCCUAGUUCUUUUGUUGUGUCCUGGCUGUGA